UUUAAUCGUUUCCUUACCUCUGUAAUAUUUUACGAUUUGACUGAGCUUCUUUAGUUUUGCGAAAUGCCACGAAAACCGUGUUAUUGGACGCGAAAAUUAGAGCUGGAUCUCGUCGAGUUCGUGCGACAAAGAGACUUCAUUUGGAAGCCAUUUGGAAACACUAACCAUCACAUACAGCAGAAGUACAAGGCCUAUGCUGAAUUUGCUGCGAAAUUGGGCGGUGGAUUUACAGCUCGCUCCGUCCGUGAUCGCUGGGUGAACAUUCGAAGUACGUACAACCACAACGUGCGACGUAUCGAGCGCUCCAGGGAGACUGCCAAGUCUCUUGAAGAGGUCUAUGUGCCAUGCUGGCCACUAUGGAGACCGCUGCAGUUUCUCCGGGAAGGUUCUAGAAAAGAAGAUGUCUAUGAGGGCUAUUCAAUGGACUUCAAAGAGAAUGACAGUGUUGAAGUUAAAGUUGAAUUUGAAGACAUGAACAACCCAGAACUUCUACAAAUCCGACAGCGAGGCCAGAGAACUGACCGACCUAGACGCAGAGCACCCAUAUCUAAAAAGAAAAAGAAUAAUACCAAGUGUAAAAAAGUCCUGGACGAUCUCCUUAUUGCUAUGAAGCCGUUAGUGUCCAAUGUUCCUUCGGAGACCAAUAAUUAUUGGUUCUUUAGUCGUCAUGUCACUGAGCGAUUGAACUGUAUGAGGGAAGAGGAUGCCCUGGCAGCAGGCCAGGAAAUCAUGAAGCUUUUGGAUUGGCCUGGUACAGACAUUACUUGAAUACAGCUUGGCUGAGUGAGCCUCUAAGCCUCUGGAAAAGUCAUAAAUUCUUCAUCAGCUACUUUUGAAGUGAUGAAACACAAUA